AUGAUAGAGACAUCUGGAUUAGGACGAGAGGCUUUUGAGUACACCAUUGAACAUGUAUCUAAAACCAUCAGUAGCCAAGAACAAGACCAGGAACAGAAAAUGCAUCAUGAGCUUUACAAUCGACAUACUGAUUUUCAUAAAGCUAUUGUUGGAAAUGAAUUCGAUAGUGUUCCCAAUGAUGUCUUGCGACUGGUUGUUUACGGAGAAAUUGAAUCGGCAAAGAAUUUUGAGUAUAAUGACCUGUACCUCCAUUUCUUUGUUGACCUGCCAAAAGGUUGGUCCUCUUACCCUGGUCAGGAAUUGUCCUGGGUCACUCAGACUUGUUCCACAAAAGUCAUCCACAAGGAGAAUGUCGCCUAUUACAGUUUUCCUUUUAACUUUGAAUUGUUCUAUAAAAAAGAACUGAAUAAACUGAAUACAUCUGAGGACGUACCUCACUUUCCAAUUAUUUAUCUGGAAGUACUCUCCCUUGAUUCAUGGCAAAGGUAUCGCACAGAAGGCUACAGCUAUUUGACUAUCCCACCAACUCCAGGGUUACACAAAAUGAAGAUUGACUGUUGGAGACCGUGUGGCAAUUCAAUAUUGGCCGAAUUGCGACGUUUCUUCAUUGGAGGUUCACCAGAACUGGAGGAUCCAACUUACACAGGAAUUCCGUCAACAUUUGAGGGAAGUCAUUUCAGCAAAUUCGGUUUCCGCACUGAAACCACAGGGAGUGUUCAUUUGAGCCUGAAUGUAUUGAUGCAGUCAAGGUCAUUUAUUGAGAUGAAAGCAAGCAGAAAAACAUUCGGCAACAUCAUGGAGAACUUGGGGAUGAAUGCCAUACAAACAAAUGUUUUGCAAGUCCUGGCUGCUUUAAAGAAGGCUCAAACCCGAAUGAAGCUGGCAAGGGAAGCUGCUGCUGUUUUUCAGGAAUUACGCAUAAAGGACGAAUGA